ACUUGUGUUUAUCCCUACCACUCAAGUAAAUCGACAAUGCCUCUCCAAAACCCAAAUCUUGAAGGCUACAAUGUGGUUCGUAACAUGUGGAUAAAGUACUACAACAAACACGAAAGCACCUUCAUUGCUCCUAAAAGAUGCUCUGGUUGCUACAACGAUAAGAAGUUUGUAAUAUGGGCUGUUUCGGUCGCCGCUCAGGCAGUGGUGGAUGGUUCCCGAAUCUACAAGGAAUUGGUACCUUUGGUGGACCCGGCCAUCAUGAUAUUCCAAAAAUACAAAAACCCCCAUUUAAAGGGUUUCUCGGCUGCUGAAAACAAUGGGAAUGACAAGGACAUUUACUAUGAUGAUGACGCCCAGGUUUGUAGUGCCAUGUUGACUGCUUACGAGGUGACUGGCAACAUCAAGUAUUUGGACCAGGGAAGGGAAUUGACCCGGUUUUUGAUGGGUGGCUGGAAUGACAAUCCCAAUGCAAAGACCAAGGGAGGAAUGAAAUGGCACAUUUCCAACGCCUAUUUGAACUCCUGUACCACAGCCGAAGUGGCCAAGUGCUGUCUCCAAAUUGCCAAGUUCAUUCCCGACGAGUCGAAGAUUUAUAUUGAUUUUGCUGCAAAAUGUAUCGAUUGGCAAAUCAAGGUGUUGCAAGACCCUGGCGACAAGUUGAUUAAGGACGGAGUUCAGGACACCUCCGAUAGCCCCAACGAUACCAAAUGGACCUACAACUUGGGGACUACUUUGUCGGCAGCUGCCCAUUUGUACCACUAUACCAAGGAUGAGCACUGGAAGAAAAUAGCCGAUGAGUUGGCUGAGGCUGGUAUCAACAGAAACGUGUUUUUUUACGACCGUGACUACGAUAUGAGCAAGAGAUACUGGAGAGAUCCUUCUUAUUUUGUUCAGUUGUUGGUGGAAGGUUUGGCCGACUACCUUUUGUUUGUGGGCAAUGAGGCACCAGGAGACUUACCUAAGCGAAUUGAGGAGGAGAUCCGUAGACACUUGGUGAUGUUCUAUGAGUUUAUGAGAGACCCUGAUGAUGGAUUAUACAUUCAGAGUUUUGAGCCUAAUUUGACGUACAGAGAUGUGUAUGACAAAAAGUACAAACCGACAUUUGGAGAAAGAAAAGGCUGGGGUAUCAAAAAAGAUGAUAAGGACGGAGACAAAGAUGAGCCAUUGAAGUGUUUGAUGGGAUGUGCCUCUGCUGCUCGUGUGUUCUUCCAGGGUGCCAGGGUGGUUCCAAAGAUCGAGUAAUGGGUUUGUAUAUUCUAUAUAAAUGUAUUCAAGAUUGUAAAAUGUCUCAAACCUUGAUUUUUGGUAAAUUGAAUGCUGGAGAAGACCCAGUUAAGUGGGGAUUUCUUUCAACCAUGAUAAAAUUUUCACCAUUGAAACUAUCCACUAAUAAUAUAGGUCUGUACUUGAAGGAGAUCCAGAACGGCUUUUCAUUUUCGGUGUCAUUGUCAUUGUCGUCGGCAUCUUUGUCUUGCUCUCUGAAUUUGUUGAUUUGGGCUUGCCUCAAAGACAAUUCCAUUAUACUUAUACUGGAUUCUUCAUCAUCACCUUCAUCCUCUUGGUCCUCGUCAAUAGUCAACCCAUCUCUAGUUCUUUUCUUGGAAGCAACGGUGUUCUUGUAGGUUUUAUUUAUUGGGAUGUUGAUGGAUAAGUUGAAGUAGCAAAGCCAGUUCUUACCGUAAAUCCACAAUUUCCCGGUUUUAUCGAAGAAUAAUCUCUCUGGUUUUUCCUCCAAUGUCAAAAACUUUCUAGGAAGGAAUUCACUAUUUCUCUUGGACCAUGGGGUUAACAACGAGUCCAUUUUUGCAUUUUGCUUGACGUAAAACUCGAGGAUUUUGUUUUCUUCCGUCAAAACCACCAAAGUAUUUUGUUCGGAGAACUCGAUCAAGUGAGGUAAUGUUGACAAUGUCACCAACUUGUGCAAGUUAAAGGUUUCCAAGGAUACUACCUCGAUCACUCCGCUGAAUCUGCUGAUCGCUAAAGUAUCUUCAGCCUUGUUAAUCACUAAGUUCUUGAUAUUGGAAACGUAGGUUAUAUCAGACUU